GUUAUUUCACAUUCUAUAAAAUCUUACAGGUUUUGUGACUGUCUUACGGAAAUUUUGACACUAGAAUGUCUCGUCAUCAAUUCUUGUUUGAGCCAAUCACAUGCCAUGCCUGGAAUCAAGAUCGGACACAGAUAGCACUUAGCCCCAAUAACCAUGAGGUUCAUAUUUAUAAGAAAAGUGGAAACCAGUGGAUCAAGAAUCAUGAACUGAAGGAGCAUAAUGGUCGAAUAACAGGCAUUGACUGGGCUCCCCAGAGUGAUCGCAUUGUAACCUGUGGUGCUGACCGUAAUGCUUAUGUAUGGAGUCAGAAAGACGGCGUGUGGAAGCCUACGUUGGUCAUUCUAAGAAUUAACCGUGCUGCAACAUUUGUGAAGUGGUCGCCUCAGGAAAAUAAGUUCGCUGUAGGUAGUGGUGCUCGGCUGAUCUCCGUGUGCUACUUUGAAGGAGAAAAUGAUUGGUGGGUGAGUAAACACAUCAAGAAGCCAAUUCGUUCUACUAUCCUUAGCCUUGACUGGCAUCCCAAUAAUGUCUUACUGGCAGCAGGCUCGUGUGACUUCAAAUGCAGAGUUUUUUCUGCUUACAUCAAAGAAGUAGACACAAAGCCUUCUGCCACACCCUGGGGUUCCAAAAUGCCUUUUGGACAAAUGAUGGCAGAAUUUGGGGGUGCCGGUAGUGGUGGUUGGGUCCACAGUGUUUCUUUCUCUGCCACAGGAAAUCGCUUGGCGUGGGUCAGCCACGAUAGCACUGUAUCUGUUGUCGACGCUGCUAGAAAUAUGUCGGUUUCUCAAACGAAGACCGAAUUUCUCCCCCUCUUGAGUGUGAUUUUUGUCUCUGAGAAUAACAUAGUGGCAGCAGGCCAUGAUUGCUGUCCGAUGCUGUUCAUGUAUGAUGAUCGUGGUUCUUUGACCUACAUCUCCAAGCUAGACAUUCCAAAGCAGAGCAUUCAGCGCAACAUGUCUGCCAUGCAGCGCUUCCACAAUCUGGAUAGAAGAGCAACCACAGAGGAUCGAAAUACCACGCUUGAGACUCUCCACCAGAACAGCAUCACCCAAGUCUCACUAUAUGAAGGUGAUAAGCGAGAUUGUCGGAAGUUUUGCACUACUGGUAUCGAUGGCGCGAUGACAAUUUGGGAUUUGAAGUCUCUGGAAUCCUCAAUCCAAGGUGUGCGAAUCAUGUGAACAGAAGUCCUUGUGAUCUAGCAAGACAAAACACCAUGAGAAAAGAAGAGCUCCCCACCCCAUCCCCCCCCGCCCCCCUCCCCCCCACCGCCCCCCUCCCUCCCACCGCCUCCCUCCCUCCCACCGCCUCCCUCCCAGCAGCAGCUGACCAGAGGCUGGUGAGAAAAUCCUCAAAAGGAAAAUCAGGAAAGGCACUGAAAAAUACUGAAAUCAACGCUCCACCGCUUUAUCAUUCUGGGAAUUGUUUCUUUUUGUUUUUAAAGGAAUUGGUUUGAAGUGGGUUUUUUUUUUCUUUUUUUCUUAGCUAAAGCUGCCUUCCAAGCAGUUUCUACGGCAUUCUGAGGGACAUGCCCUAAAAAGGGUGAUUAUGUACACUAAUUUAAGGGGACUUUUAUGUAGUGUGUCUGCUAGAAAAUAAACACUACAAAACUUGGCUGUUAA